GUGAGAUUUAUUUUUAUAUGCAGUUAAUGUCAUUAACUGAACAAUUUACAGACAGUUGGUCCCUGUAAUUAGGCAUUCACAGAAAUUUAGUGUCUGUGAUUACACUCUUAGUGUUUGUGUGAUGGGGAAUUAGACGGGGAUGUUGGACAUCGUGUUGGAGUGGCUUGGGCCAAAUGGCGGUUGGCCUCAGGGGUGUUGUGUGACCCGAAGAUUUUGCCCAGGAUGAAAGGUAAGUUCUACCGAUCCGUAGUCAGACCUGCUAUGUUAUACGCGGCAGAGUGUUGGGCGGUUAAGAAGACUCAUGUGCGUCGUUUGCAUGCGGCAGAGAUGCGGAUGUUAAGAUGGAUGUGUGGGAAGACAAGGUUGGAUAGGAUUUCGAACGAAGUUAUCCGACGUCAGGUAGGCAUGGCGCCGGUGGAGGAUAAGUUGCGGGAAGCGAGGUUGAGAUGGUUUGGGCAUGUGAGACGGCGGGAUGUUGAUGCCCCUGUGCGGAGGUUGAGCCGGGGGUCUCUUGGAAACAGCCUCCCUACUUUCGAGUAGGGGCAAGUCUGCGUACACACCCUCCCCAGACCCUACUGUAGUGGGAUUCAACUGGGUUGUUGUUGUUGUUGAUUACACUCUUAGUGUUUGUGAUUAAAAAUCAGACUGUAAACGUUUAGGAGUUCCAUGUGUCCUUAAGAAAAAACAAUCCCAUCAAAAUUAUAUUUACCAUCACAAAUAAAAAUGUUUAUGAAGCAAACACAAAACAGGUGUAGCAUCUUGAGUCCAUAUCGUUAGUAUGGUAAUGUAAUACAUAUAAUUAUACACAAAGAGCGAACAAAAACAAAAAAAAACCCAAACUCGGUGAAUACUAACGACUAAAAAGCCUAAGGUAAU